CUUCAGUACGGUAAAACAUCGGUUCGCUGACGUCGACCCUGGAAAUCAGGGUCGUGUAUCGCGGCCUAAGCAACAAAUCGUCUCUUGAAUCUAGAACCAAAUGCGCCUCCAGUUAUCUUCUUAGCUCCCGAUCAUUCCAUUCCUUGAUCUAGGUUGCGAUCUACGCUUGGCCAUCGAAUUUCCACAGGAGCUCGAUCGAUCCAUUUCCCAAGCGACGAUCAAGCGGGUUCAAUCAAAGCGAGUGUGCUUAUAACGGAUCCUCCUCAACGUCAUCAUGAGUCGCGAUCUGGAGCGGGGUACGACCGCCACAUCACCAUCUUCCGCCUGAGGGCCGCCUCUACCAAGUUGAGUAUGCUUUCAAAGCAGUGAAGUCGGUGGGCGUCACGUCUAUUGCCGUGCGCGGCAAGGACUCGGUGUGCUUUGUCACGCAGAAGAAGGUUCCUGACAAGUUGACAGACGAGACCAGCGUUACCAACCUGUACCCAGUUACCAAGGGCAUUGGCAUGCUCGCUACAGGACUGACAGCCGACGCCAGGUCUCUGGUGCUGAGGGCUCGCCACGAGGCUGCAGAGUUUCGCUUCAAGCUAGGAUAUGACGUGCCCGUGGACUACCUCGCUAGAAGAUUGGCGGACAUGGCUCAAGUGUACACACAGCAGGCGUACAUGCGACCCCUGGGAGUGGCCACCAUGCUAAUUGGUAUCGACGACGAGUUCGGCCCCAUGCUCUACAAGUGCGACCCUGCUGGCUAUUACGUCGGUUACAAGGCCACAGGAGCGGGCGCCAAGGAGCAGGAGGCAACAAACUUUCUGGAGAAGAAGCUCAAGGAUGGGAAGCACCAGAACCUCACAGCAGACGAGGCGGUUCAGCUGGCGAUUUCGGCCCUUCAAGGCGUGCUCUCGGAGGACAUGAAAGCCACAGAGAUCGAGGUGGGGUUGGUGGAAGCCAAGGAGGAGACGGCCUUCCGAACACUCAUUGUGGAUGAGAUCGAGGCGCAUCUAACGGCUAUUAGCGAGCGGGACUAAAUGGGUGAAGUGUUGCUGGUGGCCGCUAGCGAAUGGGAUCAGGACAUUAGCUUGGCUUGUAUCUAGAUCGAACGUUAUGUUUUUCAUUUGGCUACACAGUGCAGUUAUGAUGUGGUAUCAAUCGACACUUCCUGAUUGUCUGGCUGUCCAUUCGUCCUGAUCAAAUUUCGUUAGCAAGUUUCUGGUGGUGUGA